AUGACGUCCGGCGUGUUAGGUGCGCCUCGAAGGGAGGGUACUUGGACGAAAUUGGUGAUCUUCAUCGCGCUAUAUGUGCUGCUUCUACAGUCCAUCUUGGAAUCAGUCCUUGUGCUCUACCUGUACGGCAAUGGACAGGUUGAUUCCAAGAUGACUCUGAGCGUCGUGCUCGCCCUGGUCGCCUCGUUCUUCUCGCUACCCCUUGUCGGUCUCCAGAGUCUGGUCGCAUGGCAGUACAACAAUAUCGGUGGUUUUGGAACCCAAAAGACCGUAUUGCACAACAUCUGCACCUAUGUCUUGCGCUUGGAUCUCAUGCUUUGGCUCGCAACCAGUGUGGCGGGUCUGGUGGUCGCUGCACAGCAGGUGUACUGCCUACCCGCAGGAACAGAUGCGAGUUUUUGGAGAGUUGGAACAAGCUGUGCCUUCCACCGAGCAUCUGUCAUUGUUGCGGUCACCUCAAUGGUCACUAUGUGUGUCAUGUACUGUGCGAGAGAAUUUUGCGAUCGUCCGUAUGAUGUCUCGCUCCUCGGAAUCUACAGGCGCCGGGAGAUCCUCCGCAAUGGCAGCAUCAAUUCUGGGAACAGCUGGGACAGUGAGGAAACACUGAAGAACGAAAUCAUCUACCUGUGUCGCCAACAUGACGGGAAUGGAACUGGCGACUUCUGGUCCGUCGACCCGAUUGCCAACAAAGUCAACUGCCAUCCCAGUAUCCGACACCCUGCACCUGUUCGUCUACGACCCCAACUGCGAGUCAACACCGACCCUGGUUCAACAUAUGGAGAGAUCGUAUCUGGAACCAGCAUCUCGCCGGAUGAGAACCCGCAUCGUGUCUCUCCUGGAUCACAAAGCCUGAAAAGCGAAUUCUAUCCCAUCUCGAGAACUUCUACAGUGAUGACCACACAGACUGCAAACGAACUGCGUGCUCUUCUCUCAGAUGCGCCUGUUCCCAAGAUCCCUGCCAUUCCCAAGAAGUACGCCAGUCACAGUCGUGGGAAGUCCUCACUGUCUUCUAUCAGACGAAUGCUUCCCAAAUCCUUCCCAUUGUCGCUUUCAUUAUCAGACGACCCUCAGAUCCGCGCUCUCGCCGACCCCAACGCAGCCUCGGACGUCGAAAAACAGGUCGUCACACCCAACAGCAUGCCCCAAGGAAUCUCCCAAUCUCCAACCUACCAGCUUGGUGCCACCAACACCCCCAACACCUCCACAGUAACCCUACCGCAACCCAACAACCCCAGCCCCGUGCGACCAGGUCACACCCGAACAACGACAACAAACUCUGCCGACGCUCCAGAAGUCGUCCCUGAAUUCGAAAUGCAUCGUUCUCAGACCACCAACGCCGCACCCGCCCGCUCAAUCCACCACCCCCACCAUCCAAACUACACCAGCGGUCCUCCACCACGCGCAUACUCGCAGUCCUCCCGCAACGGGAAUCUGCAAGUGCGGUCCGUCCAAAACGCCCACCCGCAACGCAGCACAACCUUCCACUUCGACCCGUCUCACGCCCCACGCCAAAACCAACACUACCAGCACCCCCAAAGCCAAAGCCAGUACUUCCCGCCCACGAACCGCUGGCCCAGCCAGCGACGCUUCGAUAAUCGUUCGGCGCCCCGUCGCAAUGAUGUCGAAAUCAUUUACCCGAACGGAAAGCGCUCUCGCAGCAGCACGCAUGGCGCAAGUGGUCCGCUAAGCUGUAUCUAUGAGACGGCGUCGAACCCGCGCACUUCACUCGAUGACACGAGGCCUGUUUCGGCGGUUUCGGGUGUUUUCUCUGAGUUGCCGUCGAGUCCGUCGCAUGUUGUUUCUCCUGUGACUCAGCGUGGUGCGAACCGUGCCAGCUUGAGCUUCUAUUGA